CAAUACACUGACGCUGUGUGCAUUCUGAUUGGUUGAGCACACAGCACUAGGGGCCCUUCAUUGCUAGUUUGCUUGUGUGUCUGUGUUGCCAACGGUCUUGUCAUGCAGGCAUAUGUGUACAUGUACAGUACAGUACUGUGCAUCCAUGCACCGCAUGUUCAUGCACAUUUUACAUCUACAUGGUCUCUGUACAGUGCAAGUACAUGUCAUACUCAUAGACAGGAGUCACAGGGUGGCCAGACGGCAUUAGAAGUUGGUCAUGGUAAUGUCCGAUGUGUAGGGCACUGUUUCCUGCCAGAAACUGUCCUACCCUUCACAUUUCUACAUACAUCUCUGCUAACAGGAAUUCUUAGAUCUCUCCUGUCGAUUAUGCCAGGGAAAGUACAUUGUAAGAACCAACAAUGCAUUCAUGUAGUGUGAGCCACAUGAGAGUCGCAUUACUGUCUGGACUGCAGGUGUACUAAAUGAUAAAGACAAGGUAUGUUUACAUUGCCAAGAACAAUGAAGAAUGUUUAACCGGCAGAUAGAAAUAUUGCUUGCAAGAGAACUGUCCUGUUGGUGAGGUCCCACCGCUGCGGCUUCAAUGAGUGGCGAGGGGCCGACCAUGUAGACUAUCACCCUCCAAGCCAUUCUCUGGGAGGUUUAUGCAAGAUUUUAUCAGCGUCUUUUUGUAGGACGCAACCAGUGCUGCAUAUUACCACAGAAGAUUUGAUUUCUUCUGUUAUACACGUUGUACUGAAAAGCCUUAACUUUAAAAAGAGUGCUAUUUAUGAGGCUGGCAAAUUUCCGUUUGAAUUAGCAGUGAAACUACUGCGGAGGUUUUGCUGUGGAGUUAGUAGUCUGCUUUGAGACGAGAGUAGAGAAUAUUAUAGGAAUUUUUUCACAGAACAAAGAACGCCAAAGAUUUAUCAAGUACAAGCCAAAGCACAAGCAAUUACUGCCAUCGGAUACGACGAGCAACUGCACCGACUACACGCCGACUCGCAACCCGCGGCGCUGUGCGUACGGUGUCUGUGUGCUUCCACUAUUGGCAAUUAUACACAACUUAUUUUUAUACUGAUGUUACUCUUAGUCCAUGGACCAAACCAGUGCUAAACAGAGAAUAGUUGUUGAUGAACACGAUAUGGAGGCCUGGCCAGCGAUCACGCGCGAGAACAACCGGCCUGCCCCCACCGAGAACGAUCUGAAAGCCGUCACCUCCUCAGCUGGUACCGGCCACACCAUCAGCAUGCCCACCAACAUGCCCGCGGCAGCCGGCCAAAGCAACGAGCCGGGCCUGGUGGCCAACACCGUGGCCGGCGGCGCUAAGAGCAGCAGCAUUUGGAACACGAGCUGGGGCUCCAUCACCACCACGGCGGCCGCGGCUGCCACCGGCAGCACCAGCAGCAGUGUGUGGGGGAAUAGCACCCCAGCGGCCCCAGCUGGGGACGCGGAGGGCUCCAAGGAGGCCCGGCCAGGAUGGAAUGGUGGUGGCAGCGCUGGCAACGGGAAUGGCAAGAGCGGGGAGGAGAGCAAUGGGAUGGAUACGCAGCCUGCGGUGUUGCAGGGGCAGGGAGAACGCAUGCAGACUGAGAGCCCACAACCCACUAGUGCUGUGCCCACUAGUACCUCUGGCUGGGGUCAGGGGAAGGACCCAACAGGUGCUAACAACUCUGCCACCAGUGCUAAUGGUUCCUCCUGGACGACAGGUUCCAAUGCUGCCAGCAGCAGUAGUCAGCUUGACCCCACCAGCACAGCCCCCUGGAGCUCCAGCAACUCUACCACCACCCUGGGCUCUAGUGGCUGGGGAUCAGCCCCUCCCAAGACGCCGACUUCCAGCUGGGGAGACAUGCCCAGCACCACCAGUUCCACGGCACCAUCCACUGGCUGGGGGGCAGCCCCAGCCUCCUCCAACUCUGGCUGGGGAGGGAAGCCCAACUCCAGCCAGCAGACUAACUCCAGCGAGGCAGCAGCAGUGCCUGGAUGGGGAGACAGUGCCACCCCGGGGAGCCAGUGGGGACGGCCAGGCCAGACCCCUCCCUCGGUGGGGCCCACUGGAUGGGGUACCUUGCCAAGCCCCAGCCCCACUGUGGGUCCCACCGGAGCAGGAUGGGGAGGUCACUCAGCUGCUGUGACCAACGACGGGGUGGAUUCACGCUCCAACAGACAGCCACCUACCCCCACAGGCUGGGGCGGGGGUGACACUCGAAGAAACGGAAGCAACAGCUCUGGAUGGGGAGCUCCUGCAGGUAGUUCCUGGGAAUCUGGUAGUAGGAGUGAGGCUAAAUUCAGUUCCUUGGAGAGCGAGGGAUGGGGCAAGAAGCCCAUCAACCAGGAUACACAGUGGGAAGGGGUUGGUCAACAAGUGCCUAAGACUGUUGAUAAUGGUACUGCUGCCUGGGGGUCAAGUCAGUCCACUCCAGCUGCUCCAGGAUGGGGUGCCAAUCCUCCCCCACCAUCUGCUUGGGGAAAGCCCAGGAUGCCAACAGAGGCCUCUCAGGUGGUCACUCAGUCAGUGCCACCACCUGCUCAGUCUGCAUGGGGAGGAGAUCGCAAACCAGCUUGGGGUGUUCCACCCGGUAGAAAUGAUGGUAAUGUUGGGAUCCCAGGAGCCGGAAUGAGGGGUGGAAGUGGGAUGGAAGGUAACAUGGCUGUGCGUGGCAUGGUUGGCAACAGUGCUGUCGGUGGCAGUGGUGGGAUUGGAAUGAGCGGCAGCAGCGCAAUGGGAUCUGGAUCUUCCUCUCAGUGGCGACAACCUGCUGGGCCGAUGGAGCGGCGUGAAAGCACAGGCCAGAGCCGUCCCACUGGCUGGGGAAAUCCCCUUGGUGGCAUGCCUCCUGGUGGUAACACCCACAGCCAGUCUGACAACAGCUCUUGGGGCACCUGGUCCAAUGAGGAGGCUAAUCCCCCGCAGGAAGCCCCUCCCCCUCCCAGAAUGCCUGAGAAGCUCAGCGGCUGGUCAGACAUAUCUGACAUCCCCACUACCAUCAUCCCUACCGGCUGGGGGGGUCCCACCCAGCAGCCACCAAACAAGAUGCCCGUCGACGAUGGCACCUUUGUCUGGGGUAACUCCACUGAGCACAAUGCCCGGAUUGCUGCCCAGAAUCGUCGCAACAUUGCCCGCAUAGCCUCGAUGCUCACCGUGGAUGCACACAGUACUAUGCAAACGCCUCCCCCAGGGACUCCCGGUGAGGCAGCGGAUGGGACGGCUGUGCCUCCAUCCCCUGUGACCACCAGUGCCCCCGAGGGGAGUGCCAACCCAGCCGCCAAACCGGAGGGGGGUGCCGCCACUCCGUCGGCUUGGGGAGAGGCCGGCCAGGAACAGAAGGUUCAAGGCUGGGGUGAGACUCCAAAGGCAUCUGAGGAGGCCCCAGCAACUGGAUGGACCAGGAAUGGAGCGGCCAAACCAGCAGCCAGUAGUGGCAAGUGGGAUGAACCCUGGGGUGGCAGUAGUACUACUGGUGGCAGUACUCAGGAGAAGGACUCUAUGCAAACUGGAUGGAACGAGGGCCCAAAUGGAAGUGGAAACGCAGUAGGCCAUUGGGGUGGAGAGGAAGACUGGGAUACCAAAUCCCAGAGCAGCGAGUCGUCAGUCAGCAGCAGCAACUGGAUGAAGGGCCGCAAACCAGUAAGGGGUACCAAUGGCACGGGCAGCAUCGGCCAGAAGGAGUCCAACCACUGGAUCAGUAAGCUCAAGAGGCUGAUGGACCAAGGUUAUCGGCAGGAGGAGGCUGAGAUGGCACUCAAAAAGCACAACAUGAACUUUGACAGUGCCCUCAUGGAACUGAGGCAGAUGUCAGAUGGCAAGUCCAGUGAUUUUGAUGCCCACCUGCGCCAAGUCAAUCGCGACAUGGGCUCCCUGAUGCUUGGUGGGGACAACCACCUGUCCGACGGGCCGAAGCCGUUUGGCAUGGGGGAUGCAUCACUGCCACCCCCGUCCCCCAUGUCCAACGCUGGCAUGAUGAACAACCCCAUGGGGCCCAAGCCGGGCUUUGGCAACAUGGGUCGCGGCGGCUUCCCCCCCAACCAGCAGCGCUUCAGCGGCAUGCAACAGCAGCAACAGCAGGGAUUCGCCCCGCCCUUCGCUCCUCCCAGCCAGCCCAUGCGAGCACCCUUCAACCAGCAGAUGAUGCAGCAGCAACAGCAACAACAGCAGCAGCAGCAGUUCCAGAACUUCUUGCAGAUGGCCGUUCAGGCCGGACUGAUCAACCAGAGCCUCCUGCAGCAGCCUUUGAGCCACCAGCAGGUCUUACAGGUAUUCCAAAAUAUUCAGCAGCAGACCCAGCAGCUUUUCCAAGCCCAACAGCAAAACGUCCCCGGUAAGAUGCUGAACAUGCGACAGCAGCAGGAACUGAUGCAACGCCUGAUAGCCAUGCAGCAGCAGCAGAUGAACCAGCCCACUCAGCGCGGUAUGCCCCGCCCUCCAUUUAACCAGCGCGGCAAGCUCCACAGCGACUCAGAGGUGUUCCCCAAUAACGAUGGGGGCAGCGCCAACCAUGCUGACUUCAGUGUCAAGGAGCCCCAGCAGUCACGCCUGUCGCAGUUCUUCGCCCAGCGCCAGUCACUCAGCAGUACGGUCGGCAAACCCACCAGUGACCUGUUCCCCAACGCUGGCCGCAACGACUCCAUUGCCUCCAUCUCGGAUGUGUCAUCGCGAAGUGAUGGUUGGUCCCGCAGCAACUCACCCACUCAGUCAGACAGCCUGCCACAGAGUGCCGAUUCCACCUUCUCCGACUCAGGCUGGUCCUUCCCACAUUCCAACAGCGAGAUUGACCUGCUGGAGUUCAAGCCCGGUGUACCCUGGAAGCCACGCACCAAGGAUGUGGCCAACGACCCCCACGCCACCCCAGGGAGUGUCAACAACGACCUGCUUAACAGCUCCAGCCUGACCGUGGGCGGCACCACCCGCAGCAGCACCAACCGCAAUGACCGUGGUUCCCGCGACGACAUCUCGGGCAUCCUCAUCAAGCCCAUGAAGCCUCCACCGCCAAACUCCAACUGGAGCGGGGGCAACUCGGGCAACUCCAAGAAGUCCAGCUGGAACUAUCAGGACCAGGGUUCGGCCUUCUCUCAGCCCACCUCUGCCUCCAACUGGAAUGUGCCUUCUACUAAUCAGCGUCCUCCACGCCCUCCGCCUGGCCUCGCCGAUCAACCGCGGAAUGCCGGCUGGCCGGUCUCGUCUUCCCAGAAUGUCCCAGGAGGCCGUGCCUGGGACAGGUCCCACAGCACAUCAGGAGCCUGGCCGGGCAGUGAGUGUGCCACUAAUUGGUUGGUGCUUAGAAAUCUGACCCCUCAGAUUGAUGGAUCCACCUUGCGCCUGCUGUGCCUCCAACAUGGCCCCCUGGAGCACUUCCACAUGAACCUCUCCCAGGGGACGGCCAUCAUCGCCUACAAGACACGGGAUGAGGCCUUCAAGGCCCAGCGCAGCCUCAACACCUGCGUGCUCAGCAACACCACCAUCAUUGCCGACUUUGCCACCAGCGCCGACAUCGCCCGCAGCCGAGAUCGCAGCCAGUCACAGUCCGGCGGCAGCAAGUUUUCUGCAGGCAGCGGCAACCCUGGGGGAAGCCUGAGCGGCAUCUCAUCAUUCGGGAUCAAGGAGGAGAGCCGGGCUGGAGGGAGCGGGGGCCAGUGGAACGGAGUGGGCACGCCCAGCUUGUGGUCCACCAACACCUCCACAACCUCCACACCCUGGAGCGGCGGCGAAACAGAGACUCCAGCCACUGGGGUCGCUUCCUCCCUGAGUUUCUUGCCAGGAGAUCUGCUCGGAGAGGGCACCAUGUGAAAAAGGUCAACCUUUUCCAAAAAAAGCCAAGAUUUCUCACCCUUGUUUGUGUGCAAGCAGCAUGACAAAAGUUCAGGAAUAUUAGGGUUUUUUACAACAUGUAGUGGAAUCGUAGGUUUGUAAAAAAAAAAAAAAAAGUUGUUUUUUUUUCCUUGGAUUUUUGCAUCAGAUGUUCUAUCAAAGUUUGCCAGGAGUUGAGAGAAAUGUAUAUUGAUGUAGUCUAUUGUACAACAGUUCAAAAGAAUCCUUUACUUUUGAAGGAGAAAGGAUGUGUCUAUGAUGCCAAAUUAUCUGCUUUUUAUUACUUGUGUUUUAAUGGUUUGAAAUCUACUCAUUUUUUGUACAUAUUGUGUAUGCAUCUCUGCCAAGAUACAAAAUAUAGUUGCUCAAGGAUUCGUACCUUCACCCGAAUGAUGUGUGAAGGAAACUACAAGUAACCAAGACUUCUUAUGCCUUUUGUGAAUCACAACUAGUGCAAGUACCAGUCUGUUUGACCAAAUUUGGAAUAUGUGAUCUAUUAUUGUGAACGCGAUAACGUGGAGGGGGAAAAUCGUCAGGAGAAAAAGGACUUCUGGAAAACGCGGCCCCAACGUCAUCCUGACUCGUUUGAAAAGGCAAUAAGAUGUGGAAGCACCUGCCACGCCUGUGUGUGUGCGCGUCUGUGGUCAAUGUCUCCAUCGCUUCAUUUUGAGUGACCUUUCGCUGGAGAGGCAACAAACUAAAACAAAGGCCUUUUGCCAUGUUGGCCAAAAGGAGAACGGAACUCCUGCAUUGCUUUUUUGUGUUUCAAGAUGACUGCAGCAUCUUCGAACCUCCAACAACGACAGUGACGUGUUUGUUUGGUGUUUUUUUUCUCUAGGAAAUGUGCAAUGGAUAAAGUAAUAUCUUUCUAUCUUCUGUUUAAGGACUCCAUCUUCAUAUUCUUGCGGGUUUGCAUUAAAAAAAAGAACAAUUAUUUGUUGCCGCAUCGGUGUAAUGUGUGUAUAUGUUGUUGGACAAAAGGAUGCAAGCGUUGUGGAAACAUGGAAAGAACAGUCAUGUGCUAUUUCAAUGCUGUUCUUAACAUCAGUUGCAACUAAGAGCCGAGAGCCGUUGAGAGCCAUAGUUGAUGUGCUUAAGUGGUGAAUAGCGAAUUUAUUUUCCAAGGUGUGCCGGGUAAGACUCAACGUACGCUUCUGGAUUUGCAGAGCUAGUGGGAACUUCAGACCGAUGUAGCCAUUCGCAAACAUUUUUUGGAAUGCUAGAAGCGGCGUGUGCUUGUCAUCAAAGGAAUGCAGGGCAUUGAGCCGUCGCUCUUUGUUAAAAGAGACGAUGAUUGAAGGAGGAGAAAAACUACGAAAUUCCAAGGGGGAGGGGCGGGAAUGGAGGAGGUAGGCCAUGGACAAGAACUCCUUCACCGGCCUCCCCCCCAUCAAAGCUGGAAUCGGAAAUGGUGCCGCACAAAUUUGGUUUUUAAUACGGACUUAACUUGUUGCGUCCAAAGUGCAAUUUCCAUGCUGAUGCGUUUUUAUAUUUGUGAGAGAUGUGGAACCACUGCGGGGACCCAGCCCACCUACAGUGAACACGAGAACCUCAAGAAACUGGAAAAAAAAAGACUAAUAAAAAAAAAAAUGAGAAAAACUGUGGAGAAGUUCAACGUUACACAAACUGAGUGACCCACUUGAAACCUCUGUGUGUUUGGCUGAAGGGGUACUGAAAUCGACAUGAUUGUCUUUCAACAGUAGUAAUUAUUACUUUUAUUAAGCGUUUAAAAAAAAACCUUUGACAAUGAAACAACUUAAGAUUUGUGUACAGCAUGUAUUUUGAAUACCGCACUUCUGUUCCCUGUCCAUAAGCGACAGCUCGUGUUUUCUUGUGAUGAAAAGUGACAGUGUUUCUAACCAUCCAUUCUUUGUACAGAAAGUAACAACAAAAAACUCUGGAUAGCUGCACAGACUUUCUUCUUGAGGAUUUGUAUUUCCUAGUGCCUCUCCUUUGAACGUAUGAUAUAAAUAAUUAAGAAUUGAGAACUGUUCUGAAUAAUCUGAAACAUUUGUAAAUAUGAUUCACAAACAAUCCAGCCAAAUGCUAAAGAGAAAAUAACCACCAGUGUUUUUUGCAUAUAUGCAAGUAUGUAGGGUUUGUGCAAGGUAAAUGUAACGGAAAAAAAAAACAGAAGAAAACUAGAAAAAAAAAAUUAAAAGGUGAAGAAAACUCAACAAAAAAUAGAAUGAUGACAGAACAGGGGACACUCUUCUAAGGGGUUUUAAGUUGUGCAAAGAAAGUAUUAGUUUAGUUUUUCAACUCCACUGCUGUGUCGGUUGUCUGUCAGUGCAGCCAAGUUUAUUGGGGCAUUUUGUACUAUUAAGAAUAGAGAUGACAACUGUAAUCUUCAUGUCACGAAAGGGGGCAUUUCAGCAUAUGAAACAAGGCCAAAGUCUCUUGUCAAAUUAGGGUUCGCUCCCACCAGUGACUUUGAGCAGCAUGAGACUGUAUUUCAAGCAGUCGUAGGUUGAUUUAGGGGCUCUGUCUUCAAUAGACUUGGGCCUACCAUCAUUAAGUAAGCAAUCUUGUACUGUGCUCCUUACAGGAAGCUUUGACACAAAAUAGCCAGGAGGUGAGCUUGACAAGUGGUCCUCACCUCUUAAGAAGGUGGUACAUUCCUCAUAAGUCCCAAGUUCUCCAGUGAGAGAAUAGGGUUUAAAAAAAGAAGACACUUCCAUUUUGCUCAUGGACAGUGGUUGGGGGUUGGUUUGUUCCACAAGAUGGCCACCACAGUUGCAGUGUGGUAUUUGGAUUGUAUUAAGGAAAGGUAACUGUAAUAUACCACCAUCCAUGUUUAAAGGAGUCUUUCCAAGUUCGUUAAAUCAGCCUUUAUUCAGUGAAAACGUAAGCUUACUUUCAACUCAUGGUUUACUUCAGUUGCCUCAUUGAAGUCGAGAAACUCGCUGAUCAUCAGCAAGAGAAACGAAAAAUUCAGAUUCAGAAGAUAUCCAUGCCUAUUUGUAUUCAUUUUCUUUUCUGAGCAACAACAAAAUUAUCAAUGGAAAUGUGGUAUCUCACUCACAUCGUGUCAGUAUCACUCGGAGCAUUAUUCAGUCGCAGCUGAGUUGUUUGGUUUGCAAAAAUUUGUGAAAAUGUCCAAAGGAAAAUGAUUCUCGCUGAUUGAAAACUAAUCAGAAGCCAACAGAGAGGGAAGGAGAAGGAAAGGGUUUUCCAGAUGCCUUGUAAUGGACAGAAGCAAUAGUAGCCAAACAAAAUCAAAGUCAGUUUAAAAGAGAAAGACAGUGCAACUUGGUUGAGCCCCAACUGAGAUUAUUUCUCGUAAAAUAUCAGGGUAAAACAAAUUGGAACAUUCUGUCCUGUAAUUCUCGUGUCAGUACUCCAAUUUUCUUUCGAAUCUCCUUUUUUGGGGGGGGUGGUGUUUUCAUUGAAUAAAGUAGAGCACUUCAAUUCAUUUGUUACGUUAUUCAUUAGAGACAUUUGGCUGCCAUAAUUGAAGAGAUUUGAAAUUGUUUUGCUUCCAAGAAAUCUGCAUAAACUGUUCCAUGCCUCUGGUUGCAAAUUUUGUUUUAGAAAUAUCCAAAAGAUUAAGCCUUACUGUUGUCCACUGUCGUUGCCAGGGCAUUGUGGGUAAUGCGUAGUGAAGGAUUUUUUUACAGGUGUAUGGCAGAUUGAUGCUGAAGUGGUCCUAAUGCUAUUUGUAACAGGGUGUGGGGGUCAAAGGUCACCAAUGCAAAUAAUUUUUCUCAUGUACAGAUUUUUAGUACAAACUGUUUUAGAGUUCAUAAACCAAAAGACUGCAUCAACUAAACAUGUUUUGCUUAAUUCAGAUGUAUAUUAACAUUCAAAUGAAAUAAUUUAUGGUGAUAUAAAAUAUGUUAACUAUUCUUCGUUUGUCAGUAAAAGAACGAGAGCUUGGGGGGGGGCUGUCUUUGUGAAGGGAACAGUUAGUCCACUACAGGAAUGCAACUAUUUGUAUGCUGCCAAGGGGAUCAGUAAUGUGCUUUCUUUCCUCAUUCGUGGAAUUUGAUAGCUACCAGAACCAGAAACCAAAGGAUGUGCUUAUGUGGGACUUGCUCAAAUGUACAGGAAUGUAUGAUUUUUUUGUUGAGUUUUUUCAAAAUUUAGGAAAGGACAAGCUAUCUGAAAUCAGAAUUAGUCUUUGUUUGGAUAUAUGUGCUUUGUACAAAUGCUUGAUAGAGAUUGUUUACUUCCCCUGUUUUUGUUUACUUCAUUUUGUUUUGGCAGUGUGUGCUCCCAUUUUUUGCCACUUGCUAAGACUGAGAACUACGAGAUGUUGUUGGGAGAUGAAACCAAAUGAAUUGAUGUUCAAUAAAUGUGGUUUUUUUGGGGGGGGGCAGUAGUGUAAGGACCAUUUCAAAAUGUUUUUCGAAAAAGUUUUUAAGAAAAAUGUGAGUAAAUGCGUACGUCGUAUGGCACAAGUGCAGUACUUUCUUAGUUACUUAAAACGAAAACGCAAUUUUUACGCAUUCCUCUUAACCAAUCCAAUCAUGCAACUCCUGUAUUUUUUUCCCUUAUUUGCGGCUCGUGGGACAGUUAAUAUGCAAAACGGUAUUAUGUGCUUGAAGUUACGAAUUCGUGUCGUAAACGCUUGUGUGUAAGGUUUUUAACAUUGCAUAUUUGAUCAUAUCAUAAAGUGUAUUAAUCUCUUGGCAAGUAGUUUUUUUCAGGUUUUCUCAGGGUUUUGAAUAGAAAACCAUGUGUUUUUUUUUUUCCUUUUUUAAAUUGUUUUUGUUUUUUUCUUGUUUUGGGUUUUUGGUUUGUUGCAUUGUGGAUGUCAUGUGCAGUGAUCAGAUGAGUUCUUAAGUCUCUCAAAAUUGCUUAAAAAUAACCCCCAAAAUGCUAAAAUAAAUUUGUUACAAGUUCACAAUGCCAGUGCUGCCAUAUGUAACUUUUAUUAUACUCUUGUAUAAAAACUGCCAUAAAAGUUAAGAAAUAGGGAGAUGUUGAUGAGCACAUAUUUGAUGUCAAACAAUAAUUAACGACCACUUUAACCACUCAGUGCAUUUUGAUCUACGUGUUUGGUACACAGAAUCAGUCUCCGCUCUUCUUACUGGGGCCCAUAUUUUUUUGGUCUGCGGUUCCUCUUGAAAAUUGUAUUUUAUCCGAGAAUCGACUCAAAGAUUGUUAAUAAGAUCACAACUGCAGUCAGCUAUUGAAAUUCUGACAGGGUUUUUGUAAAUGAUGAUGUUUAUGAUAAUGGCACAUUGUAUAUUUUUCAAUGUUGUACACUUUAAUGCUUGGUUGUAAAUUGGUUAAUCCAGUCUGUGCGUCCAAAGCAUUUGGAUUUCUUUUUUUGCAGACGUUAAUAUAUAAGAGAGCUGCUACAGUUGAUCUUUGUUUUCAGAAAUUUAUUUCUAAAAUUGCAGCAGUGUUUGCAGUAAAAGAAUGUAUUUCCACCAUGUGAGGAUGUCUAAUUGUCGUUACUCGUAAUAUAUACAGGCAAAACUAUAUUUAUUGUAGAAAACUAAGAAAUGGCAUUUAAGGCCAUUUGGUUACUUCAGUUGUUUUUCAUUUUACCUUUUGUAUUGUUUUUCCUCCAAAAGUCUCGGCUCUGUUUCUGAUUUUGGACUUUCAUGAUGAGCUGGGUUAUUGUUCAGAGUUUCUAGUUUCCAGAAAUGUGCCUGCUUCAGGACGUCAGACACCUGUGAGAUGGUCGGGAGUGGGAGGUAGGCAUUAUGGGGAGACUGGAUUGUGCUCAAUUAACAUAAAAGCGGACUGUAUUCUUCAUUCCGUCUUGUACUAAUGUGCCAAGUAGAGAAGAAACAUGUAGAAAAAGAAGAGCAAAUGAUCCCUUCUUUAUUUUCCGUGAUAGAGGUUAUACUGUUUGGGCCUUUUUUGGGGGGGAGGUUGGUUCAGUAACUAGACAUGCCAAGAAAGAUUUUCAUGUUUACCUGUCCUAAUGUACCUUUUACUACCUUAGUCCAAUAAAUAGAUAUAUUUGAUUCUAUAAAGAACAUUUUGAAAUUUCUUCUACUGAGGUUUAUUAUUAACAAAAAAACAGAGCAAGUUUUUGAACGCAUAUUUAUGAAUGUAAUUUUUUUUGGGUGGCUUGUACGAUUUGUUUUGCGGAUGUGCCCAUUUUCCGCUGUGUAUUGAGAUUAACUUGUUUAAAUGACAAAAGAAAUUGUAAUAAUGUACAUUUAUGUAACAAAGCACCAUUGUACGGGUGAGUGUUUAAUUAUUCUUCUAAGAAACUCUCUUCCAGAAAAGGUUUUGAUGAAGAUUAUAAAAAAACAAAAAAAACUUACAAGUAUUAUGAAUACUACUGUGUGUGACUAGGACGUGAUUUCAGCUCUCAUUUGAUUACAAGCAUUGAUAGACACUUUACUCUUUCGGAAAAAAAAAGCGAAAAAUUGGAAAAAAAAAAAGAAGGCUUCAGCAAAAGCCUAUGUAUGUGUGUGUAUGUCCCCGACGUUCACUUUGUCUGUUUGAAUUGUGCCACGGAUAUAUUAAUACAAAUUAGAUUAUCGUUUGAUAAUGCUGUACUACUUAAUUGGUGAGGCAAUAUAUGUAAUUGAUUUCAUGACCUUUGUAUGUUUAUGCUUGUUCCAAAAACGGUUUUAUUUUCGACCUUUUUAAACAAUUUUUGUUCCAGUUUUGGUACCAUUUGUUUGCUCUGUAUAACAAGCAGCUGUGAAGUGUUCAAUUUCAUCAUUGUAAUAUGGCCUUAAUUAUCAACUUAACUUCUUUCUUUCUUUUUUUUUUCAAAUCACAACCAUUUACUGUGGUUGUUCAUCAGUUGUUAUACUAAAUAUUUUGUCAAGUGAAGUUUUUUGUAAUGCAAUGCAUUCCAUGAGAUGAAAAGGAAAUAACUGUAAGAUUUACAAAUUGAAAUGAAACAAAAUGUAGAAGGUAUUGACUGGGACGGUGUUAUCUCAUCAUUCAUUAAAAAAGUAGAAAAAAUAGUUAUCCAAAACUGGAUGCUUAAAAAAGGUGCUAUCUGUUGACAAAAGGUUGCAGUCCCAGUGGCUCAUUUCAGAGCUAUUCCGUGCCAGUUAUCAAAACAUGGUCUGGUUUGUCAGAUAUCUUUCAGUUCUGCACAUUAAUGUCAAAUACUUUGAGCUGCAUGGAGCCCCAACAUAGAUAUCUGGUUGUGCUAUUUUUUUUUUCUUGCUUGUCAACAUUACCAGUAGUUCUUACAUAACAAACCUUUCAUUGAACGUGUACACUAAGCCAAAGCAUUAAUGGUGAAGGCCUUUCUUAAUAUAGAGAAAAAAAAACUACCAAUUCCUAAUAACUUUGAUAAUAUGUAAAAACUCAUUUUUUCAGUGAAGAUAAAAAAAAGGUGUUUUCAUUGUCAUGUCCAGGUGCGUGGAGAUGCUAGCCAGUGUGUUAAGAGCAAAUAACCAGCCUUGUUUUUGCAACUUAAAAGAUAUAUUAUAUGACAGAAACAAAUUGAAAAAAGUAAUAAUAUUUAUCCAUAAAUAUUUUACAUGACCGUAGAUCACUUGACUGAUACAAUCUGGAAUUUUGUUGUCAUUUUGUAAAAAAGAAAAAAGGAAGGAAAAAAAAAAAAUAAAAGAAAAAUACAAAAAAAGUAAAGUUUUUAAUUUUUUUUUAAUAUUAGAAGCUGUAAAACUGUGCAACUUUAAUUUUCCACUGGUUACUUGUCAGCUAUGCAUGAUGGGAUUGAUAAUUUGUAACAUGUAGUUGACGCUGUGCAAUGCAGGGUUUCUGGCAUCCCGUGUGCAUAAACACAUGCAGGGAUCAAUUACUGGUAUUCUCUGAAACCAAACAGUAUAUUUAAAAAAAAAA